GAGGGCAAGUACCGCCACAACGUCCUCGUCAAGGGCAUGAAGAAGCGCGUCAUACCCCUCAAGAGCGCCAAGAUCCGGCAGAAGGUGGACAGGAGUGUGGAGGGGGCUCAGAGGGCUGCGGCCAUUGCCCGGCAGAAGUCGGAGAUCGCGGCGUCCAGGACAGCUCACGCCAAAGCCAAGGCCGAAGGGUCUGAGCAGGCAGCUCAGGCAGCUAACAACGAAUCGGGCAUAGCCAGGAUGAUGGCCAGGGAGCUCUCCCCAGACUUCUACCAGCCAGGUAGGACCAGAGGCCCCGAGUACCAGAAGCGGAAGCUGCUGCAGGAGAUCAUGGAGAACACGGAGCAUGCCGUCAACAUGGAGGAGGAG